AACCGGAAUAUCGAAACCUUUAUGUCGGCCCACCCGGUCAACCUCGAAACCAAACUUCGACGGACGACCGAGAUCGCAGAAGGACUGGCGCACAUACACGAGAAGCGAUGUGUCUAUGUCGACGUCAAGCCAAACAGCUUCCUCCUCGAUGACCGUGAGUCGGUUCGACUCAAUGGUUUCCCAAAUUCUCUGGUCUUGCAGGAGGGCCUCGACGGACGCGAACAAAUCCCACUCCCCGAUGACGAAAUCGAAUAUGGCACAUUUACCUACUUCGCCCCGGAACGCACCACUCAACGUGCGACACCCAACUUCAACACCAAUAUAUAUGCAUACGGAAUUGCAUGUAUCGAAAUCCUCUCAGACUUUGGGAAUCUUUGA